GUAUUUAUAAGAUCGUUGAAUGUGCUAAUGGGUUAACGUGAUCAUUUGGACCCGCUUUCAAGCCGAAAUUUGCUUGAAUAUUGCUUCUUUAAUGAGUGAUCCAAAAGGCGAAUAGUCAUUCUGCAAUUCAAAAGGGCACUCCAAUUUGGCGAAUGAACAAAAUGAGAGCACCAGUCUGUGGUAAAAGGGCCCACAGUUAUAUUUAUUAAUUUUUUGUGGUAAUUAGAACGGAAAAGCUAUAUUUAUCGAUCGGGUGUUGAAAUUAAACCAAUUUGAAAGCAUUUUAGCGACUUCUUUAGGAAAAUGAUUGUACGCAGCUAAAUAGGAAAUUGAUUUUAUUUUCUGAAACUUGGAAUGCGUUUUUCUCAAAACAAAGGUCUUGGCGCAUUCGCCGUAUUCAAAAUUUGAUACCGAAAUAUAAAUUCCAUCGGUAAGGGAUCGUGCGAACCUGUUUUUUUUGUGUUUGUUUCUUCCAGCGCUCCCCAUCGCACGACAUCGCAAAUGAAAUAAAAAGAGCGAAGGAAUCAAAGUCAGAGAGACGACAAGGAAAAAAGAAUGUCAAAAGUGGCAAAGUUGGCGACGACGACAGCGACGGAAUCAUCAGCCAGCAGCAGUGUGAAAUGAUGUCAACGUUUGAUGGUCAUCGCCUGCUGGAUUACGAACUGAUACUUUUGCUAUCACGAAAAGUUUCUCCCUCGGGGUGGUGGAAGCAUCCCGACGGAUUGUGACUGGGUACCGGAAGUGUGCAAGCGCGAACCUAUAGUUUCUUAGUUUAUUUUCCGAAGUUAAUCGUGGCGUUCUGGUGCUUGGUGGCUAACAUCUUUUUUUUAUAUAUUUGUUGGCCGUGGCUGGUGGCUCUGGCCUAGAAAUAGGUGUGUUGUGAUAGUUAUAGAAGAAAAUAAAAUUUAAAAAAAUGUCGAAACAUGACCGUGCAAAAUCGGGCGGCCUUCUGGACACUUUGUUCAGUCGGCCACACAAGAAAGCAAGCCGUAGUGGCACAGGAGGCUACGGGUCAACGAGUGGAUUAGGGUAUGGGUCAGGCGGAAGCCACGGUGGCAGCGGAAGUGUCAAUGGGAACCGCCCAUUGUCGGGAACCGAGGCGGAAAUGGCCGUCUUGGACGAGCUGAGUUUGGCCCUCAAGAGGAUGCCCGAAGCCGAGGUUAACCAAAAGUUCCUGGAGAUUUUAGAGGACAUGAAUAUCCCCAAGGAUAAACGAGAUCCACUGCUGCUGAAACCGCUGGACGAGAAGAAGAAAAUGAUUCUGAUGCAUGUGAAGGGCAAAACGAACACCGAACAUCGUGCCAACUCUCGCUACGAGAAACCCAUCGAUUACAUCCAGUAUCUGCGAGACGGGGACUUCAUCAGCCGAAUCCCGAAAGUGCUGCAAUGCGUGGAAAGCUUACGAGUUGCCCUGACCAGCAAUCCCCUCAGUUGGAUCAGGGAGUUCGGCGAGGACGGAAUCAACGAGAUUGUGAACCUGCUGCGGCACUGCAAAUCCAAUCCUCGACGGUUCGAAAAAAUCGAGUACGAAUGUCUGCGAUGUUUGAAGGCGAUUAUGAACAAUUCCUGGGGAUUGAACGUGAUCCUGACACCGGAUCAACAUGCUGCGGUGCUAUUGCUAGCACAAAGUGUAGAUGCUGCCAAACCACAUACGAUGUGCGAGGCGGUAAAGCUGCUGGCCGCCAUAGGGUUGGUCAAGGAACGUAACGGCUACGAAAAGAUGCUGAAGGCCAUAACCAAUGCCACGAUGAUGGCACGACCUGGAAGUGAACGGUUUCGACCAAUUGUCGAGGGGUUGUUCGUGGAAAACGAUCGAAAUCUCGAAUUGGCCAGCAAUACGAUGAUCUUCAUCAACAGUAUCAUCAAUACCCCCACUGAUGUGAAUUUCCGCCUGCAUCUACGUUGCGAGUUGAUGCGAGCGGGGCUGCACGAUCGACUUGACCAGCUUGCGGAAAUAGUAGAGAAAAGCAACAACGAAAAUCUGGAAAAGCAUUUUAAGAUUUUCAAUGCCUUCAAGGAAGAUGACUUUGAGGAGUUUAGUAACCGAUUCGAUAAUGUUCGAUUAGAGUUAGACGACAUGCAAGAUUGUUUUGGACUGCUGAAGAAUUUGGUUGCAGAUACGAGUUGUGAACCAUACUUUUUGUCAAUUUUACAGCAUUUGUUAUUUAUUAGAGAUGAUCAUGCGUAUAGACCGGCUUAUUUUAAACUUAUAGAAGAAUGCAUUUCGCAAAUUGUGCUGCACAAGAGUGGAUGUGAUCCCAAUUUUGAGAGUCGAGAUUUUCACAUAGACACAUCUACACUUUUGGAGGAUAUGGUAGAAAAAACCAAGGAGAUGGAAUCGAAAAAAAGUGAAGAUUUCGAAAAACGAAUGGAGGAGCUACAAACUGCAAAACAAGAAGCUGAAGCUAGAGUUUCUGCUCUAGAAGAUCGUUUGAAGGAGAUCGAAGCGACGGGUGUCAUUUCGCCAAAAGGAAAAAGUAAGCUACCUCAAAUCAGUAUCCCACCACCGCCUCAAAUGCCAGGAAUGGGACCACCUCCUCCUCCGCCGCCACCAGGAAGUGGGGGUCCACCACCGCCGCCCCCUCCAAUGUUUGGUGGAGCCCCUCCUCCGCCACCGAUGCCUGGUAUGGGAAGGCCUGGAAUGGGACCACCACCUCCACCAAUGCCAGGGAUGGGUCCACCGCCACCUCCUAUGCCAGGGAUGGGUCCUCCGAUGCCCCCAGGUAUGCCUGGUUUCCGCCCAAUGGCUCCUAUGAUGCCUGCUCCUCUUCCACACGGUUUGAAACCCAAGAAAAAAUGGGACACAGACGGUCCCAUGAAGCGAGCCAACUGGAAAGCCAUCGUACCGCAGAAGCUGGCCGAAAACUCCUUUUGGGUUAAAGUUCAAGAAGAUAAAUUGGCAGACGACGAUAUUUUGGCAGGUCUAGCAAUGAAAUUCUCAUCUAAACCUGUUAAACAAGCGGACAAAGAUUCGGUUGACCGUCCACCGUCGUCUAAGAAAAAUGUCGAUCUGCGAGUAUUGGAUGGAAAGGCUGCACAAAACCUAUCCAUUCUAUUGGGAGGAUCUCUUAAACAUAUGUCGCAUGAAAACAUACGUUCUUGCCUGCUUCGCUGCGAUACCACCGUACUGGGGCCAAGUGUUUUGCAGCAACUUAUACAAUAUUUGCCGCCACCGGACCAACUUAAACGACUGCAAGAAAUUCGAGCCCGCGGAGAACAACUUGCAGGUCCAGAAGCCUUUGCAGCGACUAUUGGGGAUAUCAAACGGCUUGGAGCCCGAUUGCAGAGCUUAAGCUUCAAGAUCAACUUUCCCGAUUUGGUGCAAGACUGUAAGCCAGACAUUGUGGCCGGUACAGCAGCAUGUGAAGAGGUCAAAACGAGUAAAAAGUUUGCCAAGGUUCUGGAACUUAUUCUACUCCUUGGCAACUACAUGAACUCUGGCUCUAAGAAAGAAGCUGCUUUCGGAUUUGAAAUUAGUUUCCUUCCAAAGUUAACCAAUACAAAAGAUUAUGAAAACAAGCAGACUCUUUUGCAUUACAUAGCAGACGUAGUAGAGCGAAAGUUCCCCGAAGCGCUCACUUUCUAUGAAGAUCUAUCCCAUGUCGAUAAAGCUUCUCGGGUCAGCUUAGACAACGUCCAGAAAACGAUGCGCCAGAUGAACAACUCUCUCAAAAACCUAGAAUCCGAUCUGAACAACAACAAAAUCCCACAAAGUGACGACGAUCGGUUCCUGGAAGUGAUGGGUCAAUUUGCAGUAGAAUGCCGCAUGCAGGUGGAAGUAUUAGGCAGAAUGCUUACACAAAUGGAAACCUUGUUCCAGGCUCUUUCAGAGUAUUACUGCUUUGAUCCUGCAAAGUACACGAUGGAAGAAUUCUUCAAUGACAUCCGCUCAUUUAAAGAUGCUUUCGUCCAGGCCCACUCAGAAAACAUGAAAAUCCGCGACGAAGAGGAUAAGAAACGGCGAACGAUAGAAGCGAAAGAACGGGCCCAGAGGGAAAUGCAAGAACGACAACAACGAAAGUUGGCACUGGUCGACAUCGAUGCCGGUCAGACGCAGGAAGGCGUUAUGGACAGCUUGCUGGAGGCCCUUCAAACGGGUUCUGCGUUUGGCAAUCGAGAUCAGCGUCGACGAAGAGGGCCGAGACCGGCCGGGGCUGAACGGCGCGCACAAUUGAACCGGAGUCGAUCCCGCACAGGCAUUACUGCCAAUGCUUUCUCCAGUCGGGAGAUGUUAUCGGAACUACUCGGACCCGCCUGAAAAUUUGCAUUAGUAUCAAUAUGAACCUUCCAAAAAGUGAGAGUUGCAAAAAAGUUUAUUCUAGUGUUACGUAUAGCUUAUCGUCUUCAGUUCCAAUGAAACUCGUUUAGUAUAGUAUCUCUGAUUUGUUCAGUUUGUAAUGGUUUUACUUUGCUUCACUCAAGGUCAACUUAACACAACUCUUUUUGAUUUUAUAACGGGACGCAUAAAAUGCACAACUAAUAUUAAAGCAGUAUUCCUUAAAAAAAAGGCCUUACAAAACAAUAAUCAAACGAAUUAAAGAACCGUGACUGAACUGAAUCGUUUUACACUGGACAUAGAUUACCACACAACACCAAUUUUUCGGUUUCACGCUGAAAGCGAGUGUUUUUUUCGUUGCUAAUCGGAAUGGUGCCUAAUAAUGAGGAUUUGCAAAACAAAUACAAACGAACGAUUGAAAUAAUAAUAUCAGCAAUAUUUUAUACUGUUAACGGAUGAUGAAAAACGCUUCGAUUGAAAAGACAAAAUUCCAAUCCGAGCGGUUUGGCCGAACGUGUUACGUUUUUCGUAAACCGCUCGGAUUUAGUUUGUAGGACUUACGCUUAUGCGAUUAACAUUAACCUAAACAUAUGGAAUAUAUGAUAGAGAAACGAUUUACUCGGACAGUAAGCGCAUUUUUUCAUUGUCGAUACAAACUUAGGGUUCUACGACUACUAACACAAACCAUACUUAGGGGAUUCAUAUUUUUUUAGUUUAAAACGAUUUAAGCUUUUAGCUAUAAAUGUAUGUAAUAUACCUACAAGUGAUAAGUUUAUAACAUACUUACGCAUUUUGCGAGUACAUAUGGACGUAUAUUUUCUGAACAUUAUACAUUCAUACAUAUAUUAGAAAUUCUGCGCGCUGAGAUCAGUGUGAAAGAAUAGGUUUUGUAGUUCUUAUUGCCUGUAAAUAGUAAGAAGGGAAAUUAAAUGCCACGUUAUAUAAA